AUUCAAGGAAAAGAUCCCUCAGCGGUGAGCAAGGGCUUCGACCAGAGACUCCUGUUCUCAGAUUCACCACAUUUCUGCCAUGUUGCAUUUAAGUAAGGGAGAUUUUGUUUGGGUGGACGCUGGCAGUGGAGUCCCGAUCGGGGCAGAGGUUAAAGUUACUGACACUGGGCAGCUUCAGCUCAUCGACGAUGAAGGAAAGGAGCAUAAGAUCAACAAGAAGAGCCAGGGCGGUAUCCGUCCCAUGCACCCCACCUCGGUGAAAGGUGUGGACGACAUGAUAAUGCUCGGUGAUCUCAACGAGGCCGGGCUGCUCAGGAACCUGCUGGUUCGCCACAAAGAGGGCAUCAUCUAUACGUACACAGGCUCCAUUCUGGUCGCAGUGAAUCCAUACCAGCUGCUGCCCAUCUACACCACGGAGCAAGUGCACAUGUACACAGACAGGCGGCUGGGCGAACUGCCCCCCCACGUCUUCGCCAUCGCCGACACCUGCUUUUUCAACAUGAGGCGCAACAAGAAGAGCCAGUGCUGCGUCAUCAGCGGAGAGUCCGGAGCAGGGAAAACGGAGAGCACCAAGCUGAUGCUGCAGUUCUUGGCUGCGGUGAGCGGCCAGCACUCGUGGAUCGAGCAGCAGAUUCUCGAGGCCAACCCCAUCCUGGAAGCCUUUGGCAACGCCAAAACAGUUCGCAACGACAACUCCAGUCGAUUCGGAAAGUACAUUGACGUCAACUUCACCAAGGGCGGGGCCAUUGAGGGGGCCCGGGUGGAGCAGUAUCUACUGGAGAAGUCCAGGGUUUGUCGUCAGGCACCUGAGGAGAGAAACUACCACAUCUUUUACUACAUGCUGAUGGGCAUGUCCCAGGACCAGAAAAAGAUUCUUUCUCUUGGAACAGCUGCAGAGUACAAAUACCUGACCAUGGGCAACUGCACCAGCUGUGAAGGGCGCGACGAUGUGAAGGAGUACGCUCACUUCCGCUCAGCUCUCAAGAUCCUCAUGUUCACUGAGACCGACUCCUGGGAAAUCUCCAAACUGCUAGCCGCCAUCCUUCACCUGGGCAACGUGGAAUUUGAAAGCACGAUAGUGAGCAACCUGGAGGGCUGCGACGUUGCCAAAUCGGCCCAUUUCAGCAUGGCCAGCCAGCUGUUGGAGGUGGAUCCCAAAGCACUGGAGAAGUGUCUGACUCAGCGCUCCGUCACGACCGCCAGGGACACGGUGAACAAACCUCUCAACGCUGGACAAGCUCUAGAUGGCAGAGACGCCUUUGUCAAGGCUAUCUAUGGCAGACUUUUCAUCUGGGUGGUGGACAAAAUCAAUGCUGCUGUUUACAAGCAGCCAGAGGAUGAGAAAGAUGUCCGACAGUCGAUAGGCCUCCUGGACAUCUUUGGCUUUGAGAACUUCAACAAUAACAGCUUCGAGCAGCUCUGCAUCAACUUUGCCAACGAGCAGCUGCAGCAGUUCUUCGUCAAGCACGUUUUCAAGCUUGAGCAGGAUGAGUACACCCGUGAGAACAUUGUCUGGAAGCACAUUGACUACGAAGACAACCAGGGCACUCUGGACAUUUUGGCGAACAAACCUAUGAAUGUGUUGGCUCUCAUUGACGAGGAGAGCAACUUCCCAAAGGGCACAGACGCCUCCAUGCUGCAGAAAUUGAAUCAGAUUCACAAAAAAGGCAACGUCUACAUCCCCCCCAAAAACGACCAUGAGACACAAUUUGGAAUAAAACACUUUGCUGGAGAGGUCUACUAUGAUUCAAAAGGUUUCCUUGAAAAGAACCGUGACACUCUCAGUUUGGACCUGGUUCAGCUGGUGGAGACAUCAACCAACAAACUCCUCAAGCAGGCCUUCCAUAGCGAACUGACAUCCAGCUCCACCACAGUCAAGGCCGUCAACCCCAGGAUGACCAUCAACACGCCUAAAAGCAGCCUACGGCAACCAGCUGACGGCAAGAAACGUGUGCCGACUCUGUCCGGCCAGUUCCGCCAGUCUCUGGAUUCCCUGAUGAAGACCCUGACGGUGUGCCAGCCUUACUUUAUCCGCUGCAUCAAACCCAACGACUUCAAGAAGCCCAUGCUGUUUGACAGAGACCUGUGCAUACGACAACUGCGUUACUCCGGGAUGAUGGAGACCAUCAAGAUCCGGAAGGCCGGCUACCCUGUCCGAUACACCUUCAGCGAGUUCUUAAGUCGCUACCGUGUCCUCCUGAGGACCUACCAGUGUGAUCCCAAAACCGAAAGCCAACAGACGUGCUGUGAGAGCAUUUGUCAAAGACUUCUUGCUGGAGAAGGCGACUGGAAGACAGGCAAGACGAAGAUAUUCCUCAAGGACUUCCAUGACACCAUGCUCGAACUGGAGCGAAUGAAAGAGCUGAAUGUAAAAGCUCUCUUGAUCCAAAAAGUCCUGAGGGGCUACAAGUACAGGAAAGAGUUCCUGAGGAAAAGGUCCGCUGCCGUUGUCAUUCAGAAAUACUGGAGAGGAUACAAAGGCAGGAAGCGCUACAAAGUGGUGCAGCUGGGCUUUGCGAGGCUGCAGGCGCUCGCUCGCUCUCGCCAGCUCCACCUCCACUACAAGAGAAGGCGGGAUGCGGCUCUGGUGCUGCAGACCCACAUCAGAGGGUACCUGGCCAGGAAGGAGCUGAAGCGCAAGAGAAGUGCAGUGAUCCUGCUGCAGGCGAACACCAGGGGCAUGCUGGCUAGAAGAAAACUCAAACAGAUGAAGAGAGAGACGUACCUCUCUGCUAAAGAGAAGGAGGAAGAACGACGAGCCGUUUUGGCCAAGCAGAAGCACUUGGAAGAAGUGUUGAGGCAGAAGAGGGAGAUGGAGGCCAAAGCGCAGACUGAGAACAUCAAUGACCAGGAGCUGGUGGACACCAUCUUUGGCUUCCUGCCCAGUAUCGUUGGAGGGCAGGAGGGGCAGGCUCCUGUUGGAUUUGAGAACAUUGAAGGAAAAAGGACCAUAAUUGAGGAGAUUGACAUCGAUGAGAUUGCCAUGGAGGAGGAACUUCCUGUAGAGGACUAUGAAGACUUGGAUCAGUACUCCUUCUCCAAAUUCGCCUCCAUUCACUUCCAGGGAGCAGCCACAGCCACCCACAUCCGGCAGAGGCUUCACCAGCCCCUGCUCUACCACGAGGAUGAAGGAGAUGUCCUGGCUUCACUGACCGUGUGGUGGAUCAUUCUGAGAUUUCUGGGAGAUCUUCCCGAGCCAAAUAAACGGACCAGAGUUCAGGGGAGCUCUGCCCCGGAACGAUAUGUGCCGCAGGACCUGAUCUCCAGACAGGACAGGCGUCUUAGCCACAUGGUGGGCCUGGAUCAGAGAGUGCUGAGAAAAAACAAAGAGGCAGCACCCUCCGAGGCUCCAGAGACCCCCGACCAAAAGAGAAAGGGAUCCAUUUUCACAGACCUUCUGUCCAAAACCAGAAAACCCUCCACGGUGCCCAGCACCACCCCUCAAAACCUGAAGGUAUACACUGCGCCUGAAAAUAACCCACGAGCCAGGAAAGGGUCCACGUUCACCGACCUGCUGUCCAGAAACAAAAAAGUCCUUCCUGGUAAAGACAGCAUAAAUAUUAAGCCCGUGUCGAACUUCAGGAAGCCCUCCAUCAUCAUGGAGGAGUCAGAUGAUCUAACUGAGGUGGCAAAGCCCCCCACGCUGCAGACGGUGAGUGAGGACGGUGACGUUAUGGUCGGGGAAGGGCCCACCCUGGACAGGCCUCUGUCAUCUCUAGAAAAAGUCCACUACAUCGUGGGAUAUGGCAUCAUCAGGCCCGAUCUCAGAGAUGAGAUCUACUGUCAGAUCUGCAAGCAGCUUCACGAAAACAACAACCGGAACAGCUUCUUCCGCGGCUGGAUCCUGCUCUCCCUCUGUUUGGGCGUGUUUCCUCCUAGCGAGCGCUUUUUAAAGUACCUUCAAAGCUUUAUCCGCUUUGCUCCUGGGGGGUUCCCUUCCUACUUAGCGGAGAGGCUUCGGCGCACCCUGGUAAACGGAACAAGAGGGGAGCCUCCAGCCUGGCUCGAGCUGCAGGCAACCAAGACUAAGAAGCCCAUGUUGGUGUCUGUGGCGCUGCUGGAUGGACGAUCCAUUAACCUUCCCGUCGACUCAGCAUCUACAUCCAAAGAAGUCUGCCAGCUGGUCUCCAACAAAAUCAAGCUAAAUGACACUUUUGGCUUUUCUCUCUAUGUAGCCAUGUAUGAAAAGGUGUGGGCUCUGGGGAGCGGCCGGGAGCACGUGAUGGAUGCCAUUUCCCAGUGUGAGCAGGAGGUGAAGAGGAGGGGAGGCCAGGAGCAGCAUGCUCCCUGGCGUCUCAUCUUCCGCAAGGAGAUCUUCACCCCGUGGCACAACUGCAAAGAGGACAAGACCAGCACUGACCUCAUCUACAGACAGAUCAUCCACGGUCUGAAGUACGGAGAGUACCAGACCGAUAAGGAGGACGAUAUCAUCGAGCUCACUGCUAAGCACCUCUACAUCCAACAUGGCUCAGACAGUCGGCCAGAGAACGUGAAGGAGGCCGUGAAGGACUGCGUCAAGACUUCUCUGCUUGAGGCCAAGUCUGAAGACAAACUGGUUCAGAUGAUCCACACAGCUCACGCUCAGAGUUCCUUCCUGAGUUCAAGACAAAACGCCGACGUGUUGAAGGGAGAGGUGGUCGACUACGCCAGAGAGAAGUGGCCCAUGUUCUUCUCCAGGUUCUUUGAGGUUACCAAGCAGUCAGGUCCCCCCCUGCCAAAGAGCAAGUUCAUAGUGGCCAUAAACUGGGCCGGUAUCACAUUCCUGGAUGAGAGAGAGAAGAGGCUGCUGGAACUCUCCUUCCCUGAAGUGACGGGAGUCAACACCGUCAGGGAAGGUAAGACCUCUGGCCACGCUGUGUGUCUGCUGACGCUGAAGGGAGACUUCACCCUGAGCGGAUCUUUCGGUGAGGACAUGGCCGAGCUGAUCACCAUGUUCCUCAGUGGGCUGACAGAGCGGUCCAAGUACGCCGUGGCGCUAAAAGAAGUCAGCAGCCAAGAUGACCCCACACUCCUGAGCUUUAAAAAAGGAGAACUCAUCAUCCUCAUCAAAGACGAUGAGUUUUCUAAGCAGCGUGGCUGGUUGAAAGGACAAAGCAGCAGCGGCAAAAAAACCGGGGCGGUCUCCACUGACGCCAUCUUUAUCUUACCAACGCUCAGCAAACCCAGCAGUGAAGUCUUGAACCUCCUCAAUCUGUCACCAAACCAGAGGAAGAACCUGGUCGAGGCACACCAGAAAGAUAUGGGCACCGUGGAGAGAGUAGCUCCUGCCUCGCUGAAGGAAUUUUCUCUCCAGUAUUUUAGGCAACCCACCAAGGACGUGAACCGCCAGGUGAUGUCUAGGAACGCUGCGCCCGAGAGGCUGUGGGCUCACUCUAGAGAGCCAAUCAGACAGCCUCUCCUCAAGAACCUGGUGGGCAACCCAGAGUUCAGCCACAGAGCCUGCCUGGCCUUCAAUGCAAUUUUAAAGUACAUGGGAGAUUACCCCACCAGGCAGAUGCAGAGUCCCCUCGAGCUCACUGACCAGAUCUUCAGCCCUCCCACUAAACAUGAGGCGCUCAGGGAUGAGAUCUACUGCCAGAUUAUGAAACAAAUGACCAGCAAUAACAAUAGGUUCAGCAUAGAGCAGGGCUGGCAGCUGCUGUGGCUCUGCUGUGGCCUGUUUCCACCCAGCCAGUCUCUUCUGAGGCACGCUCAGAAAUUCCUAGAGUCCCGUCGCAGAGAGCCGCUGGCCGCCGACUGUCUGCAGCGGCUGCAGAGCUCGCUGAGGACUGAUCCCAGGAAGCUCCCGCCACACCAGGUGGAGGUGGACGCCAUCCAGCAGAACAGCACCCAGAUCUUUCACAAAAUCUACUUCCCCAACGACACAGAUGAGAUCUUUGAAGUGGCGACCGGCACCAGGAUCAAGGAUCUCAUCCAGAACAUUUCCAAAAAGCUCAAACUGACUUCGGCUGAUGGCUUCAGCAUCUUUGUGAAAACACAUGACAAGGUUCUCAGCUUGAAUGACGCAGACUACUUCUUUGACAGUCUGAGACAGAUCACUGACUGGUCGAAGCAAGCCAAAAGGAUCAAAGAGGGUGGGCCCGUCAACAUAGCCUACCACGUGUUCUUCAUGAGGAAGUUGUGGUUCAAUGUAAUCCCUGGCAGGGACACAGAGGCUGAUCUGAUCUUCCAUUUCCCUCAGGAGUUACCAAAGUACCUGAGAGGCUAUCACGUCUGUUCCAAGGAGGAAAUGGUCAACAUUGCCGCUCUGCUCUUCAGGGUGAAGGUCAGCGGUGACAAAAACCAGAUCGCCAUGAUUCCCAAGUUGCUGAAGGAGCUCGUUCCUGGCGACCAGCUGAAGGCCAUGUCUGAAAACGAGUGGAAGAAGAACAUCGUUGCCCUCUUUAACAAACAAGCCGGCUCGACUGUUGAAGAAGCCAAGAUUGCAUUUCUGAAGGCGGUUUGUCGCUGGCCGACGUUCGGCUGUGCUUUCUUUGAAGUGAAGCAAACUUCAGAGCCAGAUUUUCCAGAUAUCGUGCGCAUCGCCAUCAGCAAGACUGGGCUCACCAUCAUGCACCCGAAAACUAAGGAGGUUCUGGCCAAUCACCCAUACAACAAAAUUGCUAACUGGUGCAGUGGAAGCACCUACUUUCACAUGACUGUUGGCAGCUUAGUGAAGGGCAACAAAUUCCUCUGUGAAACGUCACUGGGCUACAAGAUGGACGAUUUGAUAACCUCCUACGUGAACAUGUAUCUCAGAGAGAGAACGAUGCAGACCAGGGGCCAGCGCUACAACAUGUAGACGCGUGGAGACAGCUCAGAUUCUCCCCGCCGCUCCAGAGUUCCUUAUCUAAGUUUUCAACAUGAUUUGGUGACAAAAAGCCACAGAUGUAGGAAAAUAAGUGUUUGUCAGUUUUGAUUUAAAGCAAGGUUCUGUUUGCUCUACAGCCCCAAAGAUGAAGAGCACUGUUUGUUUGUGUGUGUGUUUUUUUUUCUUUUGGAUAUUUACUCAAGUUCUUUAAGAGGUAAAAACCAGAGAAGAUCUUGUUUCUGUCUCUGAUACUGAGCUGAAUUAUUUAGGAUAAGACACUGGCUGAUGCCCGGUCUGAUACUUGGUUUAAAUCUGUCCUACGUCGACUCUAUGCUGCCCUGUGUUUCAUCAGUAUCUCUUAGUUUACAUCACUAAAGCAUCAAUGAUGGUAAUUAUGCUGACUUUACUGACACUCAAAGCUAUUUUGACCUGACAGAGGUCACAUGACAGCAGGUGUGAAGGAAGUGGGUGUGGUCUUUUACCAUCAACGUCAUUGUAAAAGUGAAAAACACUUAGAUUAUUAGAGAAGAUCCAGAGAGGGAGUGGCCUAAUGGUAGAGAGGGGCACUUGCAUUGUGGGAAGGCUACAAGUUCCCCGGUUCAAAUCCCACACACUGAGCAAGACCCUCAUCCCCAGUGUGCUCCCCGGGCGCCGUACAGUGGCAGCCCACUGUUCCCUAAGGGUUGGCUUAAAUGCAGAGGAGACAUUUUAUUGGAAUGUACAAAGUUGCAAUGACAAAUAAAGAUGAUGAUUAUUAGUUCAACAAAGAAUGUUUAUGGUCA